CAAGAUCUGAACUCCUGUAUAUAUGAGCCAGCCUAAAACCACACAAGCUUGUUUAUAUCUGUUUCCCUCUUAAGGCUUGAACUCCUCUCCCACCCACAUCCUCCUUUUUCCAAAAACAAUCUGCAUCUACUGCCAGAACAAGAGAGAAAAUGGAUCAAACUGAGUUCAACAAACGACAAACCUUGGCUCAAUUCAUGAUCAGCGUUCAAUUUCUAAAGAAGGUGACACAGUUGCUACUUUCAGUUUCAGUGUUUUCUUUCUUCUUUUCUCACUCGUAUUUGAUUUCGUUCCCCCAGUCGUUCAACUUCUACUUCUCUACAUUCCCUUUCCAACUAUUUAGCCACACAAUAGACAAAAACUCCAUAUUCCUCCUUUGCAACGGACUCCUAGUUUUCCUUGCAAAAUACUCCGGCCUGACAAGAUCUUUGUCCGGGUCUACUUAUAAUGAUGAGUAUUCAUUCGAGAGUGAAGGAAACGGUUUGCAACCCGAAUCAUCAAUAUCAGAGAGCAAAAAGACACUACUGGAGAAAGAGGUUAUGGUCGAAGACAUCGGUACAGCAGGGAAUGUUGCCCUGGAACAAGAAAGAGAGAGGAAGUAUUUGAUCAAAGAAUUGGAAAAGGAAACUGAAAAGUCAGCUGCGAAGGAAGGAGGAGGAGGAGGAGGAGGAGGAGGAGAAAACAGGUUUUCUAAUUCAAAAGAAGAAGUUGGAAUAUUUGUCUUAGAAAAUGAAGAGGAACAAAAUGAGACAGUAGCUGGCUCAUUUCUUGAAGAAGAAGAUGAAGACGGAGGAAAUGGGAUGUUGAGUACAGAAGAAUUGAACAAGAAAUUUGAAGAUUUUAUUAAAAGGAUGAAGGAAGAAAUUAGGAUUGAAGCUCGAGAACAACUAGUUAUGGUUUAGCUUUUAUCUUUACUCACAAUAAUCUGUAUCUCUUAUAAUGUUUCUGAAUCAUAAGUUCCACUACUUGUUCACCCUGUUUCUGUCAAUUAGCUGUAUGUGAAUUUACUCUAGGAAAUCUCCUCUUCUCUCUUACCUUUUACUCUCGAUCUCUUCUUACUUCUUUCUUGCUGUAGUAUAAAUUACUGUAAAUUGAAUAUCAAGUUUAUAGUCUUAUUGCAACCA